AUGUGGCACAAGGUUGAAGAAAGCUUCAAUCUGAAGCCCAAAGUGGCGGAUCGCGAAAAAGGGCACCAGGAUUGCGUGGACGCUGUCAAUGCUGUUCGUGAGCUUGAAGAGCUGGACCUUCCGAAAUUCUCUGCGCCAACGGGAAAAACGAAACUGCAGUUGAAAACAUCCGUUGUCCAGUCCACCAAGUAUGAGAACGCGCUUUACAACGUGACUUGCAAGGAGAUAGACGGUUCGUCAAUAGACCCAAAAGUUGAAGACGAGUACACUCUCAUUUACGCUGUCAAAGAAGGUCAAAUUCCUCCAACACCGGAGGAAGCUAUAGAAUUCUGGAGAAGUGGAUUUGAUAUGCUUGGCCCGGAGGUCCCGCCAGCCUUCAAAACUAAGGUCGCCAGACGUGAUGAAGAAACUGAGGGCGAAAUCUACUACAAGAGUGCAGUGGCUGGUUUUGCCUCUCUUAUGGUUGAUACAACGCACGAGAUGAGGUGCUAUAACGCUACAGGUUGUGAAAAGGCCGCGCUCAUCUGUUUCCUUUCAAAGCCUACCUUGGUGGAAGGCGUACAGCCCAUCAGUGACACUACAUGGAGAAAGAUUUUGGCCCUCGCUAACAGGAUCCAGGUUGAAAAACGCGAGGAAGCGGAUAACUGCCUCAAAGAAAUCAAUGAGUUCCGUACACAAGACAGUCUCGGCCUGAGCGCGUUCGUUGCUAAGUCACCGACGUCAACAAAUCUGACUGACGAAGAGGUCGCCGAAUACGAUUUCGAGGAGCUGAACAAGGUGCUCACGUGCGAUGCCCUCAAGGCUGGAAAUGCCCCUAUCCUGAUUUCCAACAAUAAACGCAGCGUUAUGUACUACUCUGGGUCUAGCGCUACGUGCUCUAACGCCGUCACUGAAUGGAAGAAGGGCUAUGAGAGGUUCAAAGACGUCACAAUUCCUCCGAAGUACACUUCAAGCGAAGACAUGUACAAGACGGGAGCAGCAACAAACUUUAUUUCGCUCGUCAGCGAGGGAGAGGAGACAGUAGCCAGGUGCUACACCGUGACGAACUGCAGCGAGGAGGGUCUGGUUUGCGUGCUGGAGCCUGCCGUCUUCGAGGAAGGAAAAUUGCCCAUCAGAGUGACCACCUGGAAGAAGGUUACUAAGACCCUCAGCAGUGGUGGUAGCUCUCCCUCAGUCUAUUGUGCUCUUGUGAGCAGCGUGUUGGUGGUUGCCGGUCUGUUUGCACUCAACUUCUAA